AUGGCUUCUGUAUGCAGAUUUCAUUUAGGACUAAGCUGUGUCAAUCUGGCAAACCAAAAGCUAAAUAUAGUUCAUGUGCGUAAGCAAAAUACAAAACAAAAUUGUAAUAAAAUUGUGAAAACCACAAUGCAAACAACCAUAAGUUCGUGUUUAAAGGGCCUAAAACUCGCUCCCUGUGCAGACAGCGAUUGAAGUUACAAGGAAGAGAGACCACAAGGAAGUGACUGGGACAAAAACAACCCUCAGCCUGCCUGAAUGAUAACAGCCCACUGAUUACCAACACUCACACAGAGAUGGAGCGCUCUUUCCCUGUAUUGCUGGUCAAUAUUUAGCACUCUGCAUGUUAGAGAUUACAUUUCCCAUGAUGCUCAGCCAGCCAUUACCCAGUGAUGGCUAGUCAUGGCACUAUCAGUGAUUUGGACUACAUUUCCCAUGAUGCUCAGCCAGCCAUACGGUCACACAUUGGGUCGGUGAUAUGAGAGUCUGGAGCCCCAGUCUCCGUGUAAUAGAGAGGCAGAGCCCCAGCCUGGUCCCCCCCGCAGUAAGGCAGCACAGAGCGCCCCCUCCCUGAUCAGUCUCCGCCCGCAUACAGUGUGACUGCCAGGCCCCCCAUGGCGGUACGGCGCCCGGUAUCCCCCGCAGCCACCCACCACAUCCCCUCACCUCGGCUCCUUUUCUUCCUGUACUCGAAGCUUCAGCACAGCUGACUUCCGCCUCCUCCUUGCGUCAUCGUGACGUCAGCGACGCAGGGCACGCCGGGGAGUGUAGUUCUCCUGGUGACGUCCCGACAGGCAGCGCGAGAGAAGCAGGAAGUGAGUGAGGAGAGAGCACGGAGCCAGCACUGCACGGCACGGUACACAGAGUGACGGCGGGAGCACGGGUUACCAGGGAUCAGUGUCAGAGAGAGGGGGGGGGGGGCUCGGCCAUCACACCCAUCACACCCAUUAUACCCAUUAUACAGGCUGACGGCAGCACGUGAAGAGUGUGCAGAGUUCAUAUCCCACUGGAAGUAAAGUCUGUGAUGCCAUCAUGGAGGGUCCCACAGUGUAUGGAGCCUGCACACUGCCAUGGGGGAGUUGGGGUCCCACAGUGCGUGGAGCCUGCACACUGCCAUGGGGGAGUUGGGGUCCCACAGUGUUUGGAGCCUGCACACUGCCAUGGGGGAGUUGGGGUCCCACAGUGUGUGGAGCCUGCACACUGCCAUGGGGGAGUUAGGGUCCCACAGUGUAUGGAGCCUGCACACUGCCAUGGGGGAGUUAGGGUCCCACAGUGUGUGGAGCCUGCACACUGCCAUGGGGGAGUUGGGGUCCCACAGUGUGUGGAGCCUGCACACUGCCAUGGGGGAGUUGGGGUUGGGGUCCCACAGUGGAGCCUGCACACUGCCAUGGGGGAGUUGGGGUGCCAGUGCAGUGGAGCCUGCACACUGCCAUGGGGGAGUUGGGGUCCCACAGUGCGUGGAGCCUGCACACUGCCAUGGGGGAGUUGGGGUCCCACAGUGCGUGGAGCCUGCACACUGCCAUGGGGGAGUUGGGGUCCCACAGUGUUUGGAGCCUGCACACUGCCAUGGGGGAGUUGGGGUCCCACAGUGUGUGGAGCCUGCACACUGCCAUGGGGGAGUUGGGGUCCCUGUGAAACAUGGUGGAUGUGGCAAUCACAGCUGGCACCCACAGUGUUUAUUAACUAUAGUUAUACGUUUACACUUAAUUCCCAGCAUGUGGGACUUGCUAGAGCUUGUGUGAAUUCGUAAAUAUCCAGAUUGCAAAACAUGUGGCUAUUUUGUAAACUCCUAGCUGUUCACAUUGUUAUGUUUUAUACAAAUUGUCCAACUCCGCUUUAGUCACUGCAUAGGGGUAGGGGCUGGACAUUGCAUACCAUUGUAAAAGGAGUAAUGGUUAAAGAGACACUCCAUAGUAGAAUGCUCUCUCUCCCCCCUCUCCUUUAUUUAAUAUAUGGCAAAUGCAUUGAAAAAGUAUGGGAGAUGAGAGUAGGGGGGAUACCUAACAGCAGCAAAGAGCUGAGACCUGAAAGAGGCUCCACUUAUCACAAGCCUCUCAUCUUCGGCUGUGCAGUCUUAUCAUGUAAACCCUGCUGAGCCGAAGCUCCUUUUAUCAGAUCUACUGAAUAUGCAGCAUCUGUAUAUAAAAAUGACAGUCUGUGCAUGAUAACCAUUGAAGAAGUUAUGUCUCCAGGCACUGUCAACUGUUCAGUGUUAAACUGUUGUUUUCACUGCUGCUCUGGUAAAUGCUGCAACAUGAGCCUGAGCAGAGAUGGUUGGCAGUGAUUGGCUCAGAGCAUCAGCUCAGUGCUCUCUGUCUAUCACUGCCAUUCAUUGCUUGGAAACGAUUGGCGCGACUAAUGCAGAAAUGCAUUCCACCUUAGCGAUAUCUCCUGCAGUGUUGUUAUUAUGUUCUUUAUAUAGCGCCAUCAAAUUCCGCAGCGCUUAACAAUGGGUGGACGAACAGACAUGUAGUUGUAACCAGACAAGUUGGACACACAGGAACAGAGGGGUUGAGGGCCCUGCUCAAUGAGCUUACAUGCUAGAGGGAGUGGGGUAAAAUGACACAAAGGUAAGGAUAGUAUUAGACUAAUGACAGUUGCAGAAGAGGAAUCAGUCAGGAGCUAUUAACAGUUUAAUUGAUACGCUUUUAUGAAGAAGUGGGUUUUUAACGAUAUUUUGAAGGAGUGGAGACUGGGUGAGCAUGUAACGGAGGAGGGAAGCGAGUUCCACAGAAAUGGCGCAGCCCUCGAGAAAUCUUGAAGGCGAGCAUCAGAGGUGGGAGUACGGACAGAAGAUAGAUGUAAGUCUUCAGCAGAACGUAAGGGCCUAGACGUGACAUACUUGUGUAUUAGGCCGGAUAGAUAGGUGGGAGCAGCAUUAUGUAGAGAUUUGAAAGCAAGAACCAGAAUUUUAAGCCAUUGUAGGGACUGACAGAAGGGUGAGGCAUGGGAGUUGCGGGCAGGAAGAUGAGCCUCGCUGCCGCAUUCAUUAUGGACUGUAACGGCGCAAGUUGGGAGCACAUAAGACCAGUAGUCAAGGCAAGAAAGGACAGUGGAAUGGACCAACACCGUAGUUGCAUCUGGUGUUAAGUAGGGGCGGAUGCGCGCAAUGUUUUUGAGAUGGAAAUGACAGGAUUUGGCGAUGGAUUGAACAUGAGGCUUGAAGGAGAGGUCUGAGUCAAAGAGAACACCUAGGCAGCGAGCCUGCAUGGUGGAGCUGAUGGUAGCACUGUUAACUUGGAGGGAGACACACAGGAGUAACAACACUUGAGGGAGGAAAGACCAGAAUUUCAGUUUUGGUCAAGUUUAGUUUAAGGAAGUGGGCAGCCAUCCAGUUAGAAAUAGCAGAGAGGCAGUCAGAGACACUAGUCAAGAGCGAUGGGGAGAGAUCAGGAGAGGACAGAUAGAUUUGCGUGUCAUCCGUAUAGAAAUAAUAAUGGAAGCCAAAGGAGCUAAUGAGUUUACCAAGGGAGGCAGUAUAGAUGGAGAACAGUAGGGGACCAAGGACUGAACCUUGGGGGACACCAACAGAGAGGAGUUGGGGAGAUAAAACAGAACCAGAUAAAGAAACACUAAAAGAGCGCUGGGAGAGGUAGGAGGAGCACCAGGAGAGAGCAAUAUCUUGUAGACCGAUAUUGUGGAGGAUGAGAAGAAGCUGUUGAUGAUCAACAGUGUCAAAAGCCGCAGACAGGUCAAGGAGAAUUAGGAUAGAGUAGUGACCACGAGAUUUUGCAGCGAGUAGAUCAUUGGAUACUUUGGUCAGUGCCGUUUCCACAGAGUGCUUCGCGCGGAAACCAGACUGAAGCGGCUCUAGCAGAAAGUUGGACUCGAGGAAGUCUGUCAAUCUCGCAUACACAAUUCUUUCAAGGAUCUUGGAUGCAAAAGGCAGUAGCGAGAUAGGACGAUAGUUGGAUGGAGAGUUAGUGUUGUGUGUUGCGGAGUCAUGGGCGUCCAGUACCUUCAUCAACAGUAACGUGAGAAUUGUCGGGAAAUGGAAGUGAAUUUCAACAUUUUGGCUGAAAUAGCUUAUUAUAAAAAAAUUCUCCAAGUCAACCCUGUUCAUUUUGGCAAUUUUUGCCUUACGUUUGAGAUUAUUUAUGAAUUCCCAGCCAUUCUUACUUUUGUGAAUAACCCUGUUAAUAUUAAAUAGUUUGAAACCGAUUAACACUUAACCAUUGGGUAAUGCCAUUGGCUCCAGCAUAAUCAUUGUAAUGGGAUGAAGUACUUAUGGUGUUUUGAAUAUCCCUUUAACAACUAUGCUCAUUAUGUACAAUAUUUAGGGUGGCAACACUAUUUACUAGUAAAAUAUUGAUUUAAAAGUUCAAUUGAAUUUGGUAAUAAUAGUGUCUAAAUCCCAGAGCUAACUUUAAAAUUAGAUGUGUAAGUGCGUCUUGUUAAGACAUGUUGAUAUUACUACAUUUGCAUUUAGAUUGCUGUACACUAUUUCCUUCAUCAGUGACAUAAACAUUACCUUUUGUUGCAGCCUUACAUGAGAAGAGUGCAUGAUUCUAGCUAAUUUGGCUUACUAGUUUUUAUCCCCCUGUUGGUGUCACCACAUUCGAUAUUCAGCUCAUGAUACUUCAUCCACCAGGAGCCCAUGUGCAAGAGUACAACAUUAUGGGGGAUCACAAUAGACUUCCGCAGCCUUCAUAGUAUUGUCUAGCUAUCAGCGAAAUUGUCUUAUGCUAUCUUUUGACUGUGUCUGAAUUUCAUUGAAAUACCAAUGCACUCUUUUUGAGCAUUUCAUAACUAUGACAUCCUUUAAAAUAUGCUCAUAAUGUUUUUUGGGAGUGACAUAGCUGCCUUAAAUACUCUAUUUCAAGGGAAAUAUUGUCUUAAUUCUUUGCUAUUGUAUUUCAGAAACUGAAUGAAACUGCAAAGAGUGAAGAUAGAUAUGAGUCUCAGAAGAUGAAAACUUAGGGUUUAAAUAUUUAAUGUGUGUAAAGGAUGAGGUACAUAAAUGGUGGAUGGUGAUGAUCUGUGGGUUAUAGUUGUGAUUAUUUUCUACUGCAGGUUAUUCCAGGAUGAAGGACUCCCUUACCCUGCUGACUCGGGUUUCUGCUCACCCUGACUCCCGUUGCUGGUUCGUGGCAUGGAAUCCCACCGGAACAUUACUGGCCUCAUGUGGAGGCGAUCGGAUUAUCCGGAUUUGGGGCAAAGAUGGUGUGUGCAUGUACAGGAAUGACCUUCCGCUCUUUUGUUUAAGGAUUACCUAAAGCAUCAUGACCUCUUUGGUGAUUUACAGCAAUCAUGGUGCUUGGAGUCUAUCUGUGCAGCAGCGGUGCAGGGGUGUUGCACCCCUUUGUUGUUGAAGGUGUGCCUUCACCGCCAGCAGCCUUAUUAGGGUGUCAUUAGCCAGCUCGGAACAAGAGUAGCAUGUGGGCCAGCGUUUGAGAUGUCUGCUGUGUAGGCUCAUUUACAGGCCUUGUGUGUAUCUAAGUGGAUCAUUGUUUAGCUGCUGUUGUCUUUUAUUGUAUGAUUGAUGGACUGCUUCUCCCAUCACUCUCAUUCAGCUCCUGCCUAGCUACAAUGGUGAAUUCCACAAGAUAAAUAGUAUAUUAUGUGGUAAAUAUAUUAACCUGUUGGAAACCAGAACGAUGAUGUAGAUCGAAUAUGUUUUUCAUUUAAAGGUAAAACAUGAUUUUGUUGUGCUUCUACAUCUUUAUUUAAUGGGACACUAUAGUCUUGAAAACAACUUUAGUUUAAUGAAGCCACUUUGGUAUAUAGGUAAUACCCCAGCAGUCUCACUGCUCAGUUCUCUGCCAUUUAGCAGUAAAAUCACAUUUUUAAUGCAGCCCUCCCUGCAUGUAACUUACAUCAAAUCCUCUGGUCCUUAAGGAUGGUGGGUGCUCUAUGCAUUCCUUAAGGAGCCAAUCCUAAAUGCUGGCGGGUGGCAUAGUACAUUCCAACUGGCAAUUGGGGGGACUGCCUGAAAUCUGAUAUCGCGACGCAUGGCCACAAUAGCCAGCAUGUGCAGUGCCUGCAGGGGGACUGCCUGGGAUGUCAGGCAGUUCCCCAAUGCCUGAAAAUAAAGUUUAUGAAAACGUUUUACACCGCUUAUUAAUGGGGAAAAAAGUACUUGGAUCGUGUGUGUGUGUGUGUAUGUAUGUAUGUGUGUGUGUGUAUAUGUAUAUAUGUAUAUAUAUAUAUAUAUAUAUAUAUAUAUAUAUAUAUGUUCGGGGCAUUCUCAUAUGAUAUAGAAUAAGAUGGGUUGUAGAGAUGUAGCUUUAGGAAUAAUCGGUUGAGGUGUGCCGAAACCGACGUAUGCUGUAAGCCGGUAAAAAGUGGGCUUACAUAGAGGAAAUAUGAACAAUGGGAGUGGAGGGUGGGGCUAUUCGUCCGACCAACAAAGGUAAGUAGGGAAAGGGGUGAGUCCCUUUUAUAGGUCUAUAGCCCCUCCCACAACUUCAGGCCAUGCCUUCCAAUUUGUGUUCGGGGCAUUCUCAUAUGAUAUAGAAUAAGAUGGGUUGUAGAGAUGUAGCUUUAGGAAUAAUCGGUUGAGGUGUGCCAAAACCGACGUAUGCUGUAAGCCGGUAAAAAGUGGGCAAAAAGAGAAAUAUUAAUGCAAAACAUUAUACAGGAUCAUAGUGCAUUUGUUAACCAUCAGUUAGACAUUUUAAUGAAAGCUUCCUAAUUCCUGAAUCGGCUGUGGUAUGUAAAUCGCGUAAGCCUGUGAUUCCCAACGGCCCCGUGUCUUAACGUGUGCGGGUAUGUCUUGGCUAUAGGCUGUGUAAGCUGCUCCUAUCCUAAAGUAGUCGCUAGGGUUUAGUUCGAGCCCGGAGAAUGAGUAGGUGGACAUAGUGCAUGAACUGUGGUAAGGACAGUAUCGUACAGCGACAGUAAUGGUUCAGUGGUGUGUAUGGUGGCGUGCCCAAGAACGUAAUCAGUACCUUAACCGGGCACCCAGCAUUGCUUGUAAGGUAGUAGGUUAUAUGCACUGGCUCGGCCCUCUGACUCAUCUUAGUUUUAGGAAGGGACCGGACAUAGUGGUCUGUGUGUUUUAGAAGAUAAGAGGUCAACAGGCACUCUUGUUUAUAAUGUUGGCUGCUGAUAGUGAGUUAUUGUUUGGCCUGAGAAAGCCGUUAAAGGCUAGAUAGGUUGCAGUUUUGAUAACUGCAUUGGUGUGUGGCUCAGAAGUAUAUAUACACACACACAUUAAUAUCAAAAUAGAAUGAAAUUCAUGUGUAUAUAAAGUACUUGGAUCAUAUAUAUGUAUGUGUGUGUGUAUAUAUCUCUAUCUACAGAACUGUAGCCCGAAGGGCUUCGUAAUAAGUGUAUUCCUCUUUGUGUUAAAUCACACUUGUACAAUCGUCAGUGUUUCAGUCCAUAUAUAAGGACCUUAAAAAAGAAAAAAAGUCCUGGUAUAUGAACUGAAACAUUGACGACUGUAUAUAACCCUGUGUAUAUAUAGCCCUAUAUAUAACCCUGCAUCUUUCCAAGACACCAUUAAACCUGUACAUGGGGGGCACUGUUAUACUCGGGAGCCUUCGCUGAACACAAAUAUUAGUGUUUCAAAACAGUAAAACAUAUCACAACGAUUAUAUAAUCAGUGAAGGUGCCGUUUGUGUGUGAAAAACGCAAAAAACAAAUAUGAACGCUAACUUUGGACAGUGUUUGUGAGUAACUGGCUGCUAAAUAAAAAAAAAAAAGACUGGACAUACCCCAUUUGCAAUACCUUAGGUUGUCUACUUUUGCAAAUGGUAUGCCAUCAUGGGGGUAAUUAUUAUUGCUGGGCUGCCAUACGGUCUGAAAGACAACUUUCAGUGUGUAAAAACUGAAAAAGGUGAUGUGCUAUAUUUGACCCUGUAACUUUGCAAAACCCCAUAAAACCUGUACAUGGGGGGUACUGACAUCGCUGAAUACAAAUAUGUGUAUUUUAUUGCAGUGAAAGCCAACAGUAUUAUGACAUUCACAGUUAAAAUUCCACGCAAAACUAAAACAAUAACGUUUCUUGAUUUCUAGAUUUUCUUCAUAUUAAAUUAUGUUUCAUAUAUGAAUAUUUGAUGUGAAAUGAAAGCUCUGUUUCUCCUGAACAAAAUGAUAUAUAAGUGUGGGUGCACUUAAAGGGAUCCUAUAGUGCCAGGAAUACAAAGCUGUUUUCCUGGCACCAUCGCGCCCCCCUACCGUAUUAAAUAAAGGGUUAAACACCAUUUAUUUAAUUACUUUAUGCCAGUGCCAACGUUCCGCGACAAGCUGGUGCUCAUGCACAUGCGCAAAAAAUGCUGCACGCGCAUUAGACCUCCCCAUUGGAAAGUAUUGAAUCAGUGCUUUCCUGGUGGGAAAAAUCUGACACUGGAUAUCUUCAUGCAGAGCGCGAGGACGUCCCACGUCAGGUACCGGAACAACGGUUCGUUUGGAUGCAGAAAGCGCCUCCAGUGGCUGUCUGGGAGAUGUUUAACAUUGCAGCACUAAGUUCAAUAGGGACACUGUACCCAGACCACGUCAAUGAGCUGAGGGGGUCUGUGUGCCUCUAGUGUUCCUUUUAAUAGGACAGAAGUAAAUUGUGAUUGAACAAACAUAUAGUCAAAUUCCAGGUUUUGUUUUGUUCAGAAUGUGUUCAAUUGGUUAUGGGAAGGUAAGUCCGUCCUUAAUGGGUUCAUUUAGAAAUUGUCUCCCGCUCUGUUCAUAGCUUGUUAGACCAUGCAGGAGCCUCCUGUAUGUGAUAAAAGUUCAAUUUACAGAGCGGGAGAUAAAAACAUUUAAUUUAGGUUACAUCUGAUUAAAAAUUAAAACAAUAUUUUUUCUUUUUUCUUUUAUGCAGGCCGUGUCAGGGGGGCUAGGACUGUAUCAACAGAAACAAAAGUGAUUUAACUCUUAAAUGGCAGAGAAUUGAGCAGUGAGACUUCAGAGGUGUUAUCUAUACACCAAAACUGCUUCAAAAAGCAAAAGCUGUUGGUAACUAUAGUGCCCCUUUGAAUGUGAGAGGAGGGGGGGGGUAUUUAUGACCAUGAUAAGAAAGUGAGAAAUGUUUGAUGUGAUACCUGUAUAAAAGUGGCAAAGAUUUAGAUGCUGUAUGUGAAACUGAUGAACAACUGGUGCUUUGCGUCCUGUAAGUUAUGGGUGCAGUGGGAAGCAGAUAUUUUAUAUGAUUAGGGUGACAUGAGAAUGAGAGACAGAUACAAUAUAUACUAGUGUAUUGGCUAAUGUAUGGAAUAGUUGGUUUUGGCUGCGAACAUUUUUCCUCUAUGCUGUUAGUCAUUUUUUUUUGUCUGUGACGUGUUUAUCAGAAACUGUGUAGAGGUGUAUUUGCAGCUGGAGGGCAGCCAUGUUUCCAUCCCUGUUGUAAAAUGUAAUAAUAUUGCUGACUUCUACAAUUACAUAAUCAGUACUUGGGUAUUUUAUAUUUGUUUUUCCUUGCUUUAUCGCUGACUUCUUUAAAGGCUCAUUCCAGGCUGACUUGAUUUCUGGAACAGAAAUCACUGCUAAUUGUGGCAACUACAAUGAAAAUUAAAGUGGAGCAGGUAGCUUCUAACAUUGUUUUCCUCUAUGUAUCACAUUGAUACAAAAGAUGUCUGUUUGCCGCUUUCAGAUGCUUCUUGGGUGUGUAAAUCAGUCCUUGGCGAAGGGCACCAACGCACAGUGCGAAAAGUAGCCUGGUCACCCUGUGGAAACUACUUGGCAUCUGCAAGCUUUGAUGCCACUACAUGCAUUUGGAUGAAGAAAAAAGAGGAAUUUGAGGUAGGAGGCAAUGAAACUGAGAUCCCUUUAAAAGCAAAAUUGUACCUUAAAUCCCCUGCUGAGCCCAAGUUCUCCCUGCAGGCUGAUCCUCCUCCAGUGAUUUCACUCCCCCUCACUGGAAUGGGAAGGUAACGUCCCAGAGGACCGGCUGAGGGGAGGACUUGGACAGUUUGGGGGUAGAGGGGAUGGCUGUGCCACCACUUGCCAAAUGUUGCCAGCAUGCUAUAUGUGCUGUUGACAGAUGCCUAAUAUGCAAAGAAUUAACAUUAGCUAGCCUGGAACUCCCACUCUGGGCAAUGACUCUGCCAGAGGUAAUGUGCUAUAUGUCUGCAUGUGACACGUUUUAAACUGAAGUGCAGCACCUACAGACUCAAAGCACCAUUUCAGAUCACUGAAGUGGUUGUGGUGCUUGGAAUAACCCUUAAAGAUGUAAUUUAUUUACUCUGCCUUAAACACUUCUGAAGAACUUAGUGCUCUCCUUCGAUCCUUGGUCAUGUUUUGGCAUUAAAUUACUGUCCAGAGAAGUUAUAUCAAUAUUUUCUGUUAUUUAGUGUGUCACUACUCUCGAGGGACAUGAAAAUGAAGUGAAAUCAGUAGCCUGGGCACCCUCUGGAAAUCUUCUAGCAACCUGCAGCCGUGACAAAAGUGUUUGGGUAUGGGAAGGUGAGCUUUGUUAAAUACACAAAAUACAGUAUAAACUUUUAUAUAUAUGUUGAUUUAGUCACACCAUAUGGCCAUACCAUGUUUAAGCCCAACAUUACUUCAAACACUCCAAUAUUGCUGGCUCCUACACUAAUCUUAAUACGUGAGAUAAAAAUGCUCAAUUAGAGCUGCAAGAUUUACUGUUUAAUUUGAUUAACGGGCUCCCCUAACGUGUGUAAUUUCUUGUGGUCACUUCGAUUGAGGCCCUUGGAGGGGAGGCUGCGUCUUAACAAGGGAGAUGAAGGGUAAACAUUGCUGCUAUGCAGCCUUUUUUUGGAAAUUUGAAGUUCAUGCUGCAUUGAGUUUCAGGACAGCUCAAUCUUGUUCUUUAACUUGUUAAUAAAAUGUUUGGUGAAGCUUUAAAAAAAGAUAGUGGGUGCCUCUUUACACAUCUACACCCACCUUAGUACUUUUACUUUGUAACAAAAUAAGUCUUGUGAGUAAGAGGCAUAUGCUGCAAUGCCUAAAACUAUUUUCCCCUUCUUGCAGUGGAUGAAGAGGAGGAGUAUGAAUGUGUCAGUGUGCUCAACUCACACACACAAGAUGUGAAGCAUGUAGUGUGGCAUCCUAACCAGGAGGUAAGUGAGAAUUAGUUAUAUUUUGAUGUUCUUCAACUUAUUACUUCCAAAUAAAAUAGGUAAAAAUAUCAGGAAUUGAAUAUGUGCCCCCACCUAAAAUGAACAGGAGACUUGGAAUGUCAUAUAUCCGCUUCAACAAAUUGCAAAAAUCACUUUUUUACUUUUUAGCCCAAAAUCUGGUAGGCAGUGAACUCUUUCCUUACCCCAUUUAAUAAUGUACAUUUCUUACUACUGACUCUUGCUUUCUUUCUCCUCCCAGUUGUUGGCCUCAGCUAGCUAUGAUGACACUGUCAAACUGUACCGGGAAGAGGAGGAUGACUGGGUGUGCAGUGGCACACUGGAGGGUCACACAUCCACUGUGUGGAGCUUGGCAUUUGAUCAAAACGGAGAGAGGUUGGCCACCUGCAGUGAUGACAAGACAGUGCGCAUCUGGAAGCAGCAAGGAGCUGCUGAAGAAAAAGGUUAG